AUGGUGUUGAAACAACGUAAAAUCCUCCAUUUUACGCCAUCGGUUCUCCUCAACCUUGCGUUACUGAUCUUUGUUUCAUCAGAUUCCGAUAUUGUUUCGCACUACACCAACUUCGUUUACAAGAAAUGCCGAGACGAAGCUCGCAUUCCCCAGAAUUUGGUGUCAUCCCUCCUCCAAGAACUUGUCAAAAAAUCCUCGGAAACCAAGUUUUACGAAACCGUUAUGGGUGACGACACUUUUUCGGUCUCUGGCGUGUUUCAAUGCCGAAUGGAUCUCACCGACGACCAUUGUCACACUUGCAUAUUGAAUGCCAUCCCAAGAUUAUCAUGUGGUUCGAACUUUCUGGCUAGGGUUCAGCUCAAAGGUUGCUACUUGAGUUUGCAACCUAAACCUGAACCCAAGCCCGAACUUGAUCUUGUGCAUGAGGGUGGCAAGAUCAAUGGUAGGGCUUUGGUCAGCACCACAUUCCUUCAAGAAGAUUACUUGCAACACAAGAAAUGCGGUCAGAGGAGAGCGCGAUUCCACAGUUGGGAGGAAGUUCUAAAUGCGGUUUUUGAGGCGAUCGUUGGGUGUGUUAUGAGUAGUCGUGAUGGGCAUUGUGUGACGAAGCUUGAGGGGGUGUACGCGAUGGGGCAAUGUGAGGGUAGUUUGGAAAGGUGCGAGUGUGGCAAAUGCGUAAAUAACGCGUUUCAAGUGGCCCGGGAUGAAUGUCGGGGAUCCGAUUCGGGGGAAAUUUAUUUGGAGAAUUGCUUUGUUAGUUUUAGUGAUAACGAAUCUAACGAGGAAAACGACGUCGCAGGUGGUUCGGCAAAGUCGGUAGCAAUCGUUGUGGGCGUAGGUGCUGCGUUAGCUCUAUUAUCCGCCAUUUGCUAUUGCAUUAGAUCUUCCACGAGAAAACACGACGAUUGGUGA